AUGCACUUGAAUAUUGUGUACUUCAUGCUUGGGCUAGGUCUCAGUCUUUUUUCAAAUGUUUGGGCAAUGCCUCUUUCUGAUGAUGGAAAUGCCAUGUACAAGAGGGCUGCCAAUACGGUCUACAUCAAGCUCAAAUCAACAGCAGAAAAACAAGCUGCUACUCCCUUCCUCACAGCGGGCUUGCCAUAUAUAUUCAAGAACAUGCUGAUGAUGGGCUUCUCACAGGAUGCCCAUGUCCACAUUGCUGCCACUGAACAUACUAGUGAAAUGUAUUUGACGCCGAACAUUUUCUUCGAUAUUUAUGCCAAUUCAAAAAUGCUAACAACAUUCAAGGGCAUGGGGAUUCUUAAGCCUAGCAAUGAGAUGUCGGUAAUGAGCUUGCCUUGUUUUGGUGUGAAAGAGAAAGGAAAGAAUCAAAUGGGCACUCCAACCAACCAAUCUAAUACACAAGUGUGA